UUCGAUGAGUCUAUUGCUCAUUACGAAGUACACGCACAUCAGCCAUACUCAUCAUUAAGCUUUGACAACAGCGAUGAAAUUCGUAUUUCUAUCCAACAGAUCUAUGUCUCCUGCCAUCACGUAGUUCUAUCCAUGUAUGUGGAAAAUUGAAACUCAAAACUGGUUCAUCAGCUUCAGCUAAAACUACAUUCGUGAACAAUGGCAUUUGUCAUCUGUUUGAUGAAAUUCGUUAUGAAAUUAAUGCUGUGGAGAUAGAUAAAAGUAAAAAUGUUGGUUUGAGCAGUCUUAUGAAAGGAUGGACUUCAUUUAAUUCGAAUCAGAAUAAUAUGCUAGAAAAUGCAGGCUGGCUUGGCAAUGAAGAAAACGUCAAAUCGUUUGUCGAUGAAAAGGGAAACUUUGACGUUGCGAUUCCGCUGAGUAUGAUCAUGGGCUUUGCAGAAGACUAUAAAAAAAUUAUAGUUAACAUGAAGCAUGAGCUCAUUCUUACAAGAUCGAGAAGUGACUUGAACGCAAUAAUCCAGGAAGGUACUACGACAUCUGGUGUAACUGCUUAUGAAGAUUGUGAAGUAAAAAUAUCGAAGAUAGAAUGGUUAAUGCCAUAUGUCAUUGCAUCUGAUAAACAAAAAAUUCAGCUAUUGAAUUUCAUUGGUAAAGAUAAUCCCAUCUCUAUGUGUUUUCGUUCUUGGGAGAUAUUUGAAUAUCCUCUUCUCCCAAGCACGAAUAAACACGUCUGGACAGUGAAAACAUCAAAUCAACUGGAGAAACCUCGUUUUGUAAUUCUCGGACUACAAACAAAGAGAAAAGCUGUAAGAACUGCAAAUGCGAGUAGAUUUGAUCAUUGCGAGAUAAGUAAUGUGAAACUUUUCUUAAAUUCACAAUAUUAUCCAUACAACAAUAUGAAUCUCGACAUAUAUAACAAUCAGUAUGCGAUUCUCUAUGAUAUGUAUGCUAAUUUUCAAAAAUCAUACUAUGGAAGAGAUCCACAGCCGAUGCUGACAAAAUCUAUGUUCAUCGAGAAUGAACCGCUAAUAGUUAUUGACUGUUCACGACAAAACGAAUCUCUCAAGAACGCUCCUGUUGAUGUACGUCUAGAGUUUGAGGCUAAAAA